AUGCAACUACAUCGUCAGAUAGAGCAAUAUGAAACAGAAGAAAUUCCACCCAUUACAGAAAAUCUGCUGUUCGAAGCAUGUUCUAGAGUAGGGAAUACGAAAGCUCCGGGCCUUGAUGGAAUUCCAAAUAUUGCACUAAAAGCUGCCAUUAAAGCAGCGCCUGCAAUAUUCCCAUCGAUGUGGAAACAGCAGAGUUUAGUCCUCCUCCCCAAAGGAAAGAAACCUCCGGAAGAACCAACAUCCUAUCGUCCGCUCUGCAUGUUGGAUACAGCUGGCAAAAUACUCGAACGCAUAUUACACAGAAGGAUCGAAGCAGCAGUCGAACCGCUUCUUUCCAGCAGCCAAUACGGCUUUCGAAAAGAACGCUCUACCUUGGAUGUAAUUAGCGUUGUCGUCGCAAUACAGCUGAGGACGCAAUCGCCGGAACCAGAUGGAAGGGAGGUACGAAGAAGUACUGCCUGGUAG